UGUCAAAAAGAUAUCUGUCGUGGAAGGAAAUGUCAGAAUUUAGAGGAGGAGAAAAUUUACGACGAAAAUAAUUUUUUCCUCUAUCCAAUCGUAAAUAUCGGCAAUAAAUCGUAAAAUUGUGUUUUUCUGCAAAGUGUGUAGCAAAUUUAUAACCAUUCUGUAAAAAUAAAAAAAGAUUUAUAUUGCACAUAAUAACUAAAUAAAAGUAAAUAGCUAUAACUUGUUACAGUGAAGUGAAGUGACACAAAAGUAGCAUAGAAACGGAAGGAACAGUAAUAACAGCAACAAAGAAAAGGUGUAAAACAAAACGUAGCGGAGCGCCACUUCACCAAUUACUUACGAAUGCACUGACAAAUAAAAUUUGCGUAUAUUUCUACGGGUAAAAAAUUAAGUAAAUAGCGACAUAAUAAAUUGAAGUUUUCUUUUCAAUAAAUAAUAUCAAACAUAUAAAAUGAACCGGAGUGAUGGUUUGGUGAGACGAGCCGUUAAAACACGGGAUAAUGGAGCUGAAGGUGGUGCUGCUGGCCUAAAUGCAAACACACCGGACGACGAUAACGAUUUGAAUAAUAGUAAUAAAGAUCAAGAGGACAAUAUAGAUGAUGGAGAUUCCAAACAGACACGUCUAACACUCAUGGAAGAAGUGUUGCUGUUGGGCCUAAAAGACAAGGAGGGAUACACAUCUUUUUGGAAUGAUUGCAUAUCGAGCGGUCUACGUGGCUGCAUUCUCAUCGAACUCGGCUUGCGGGGUCGUGUGAUGAUGGAGAAAACGGGUAUGCGUCGCCGCGGUUUGUGUUCCAGAAAACUCGUAUUGAAAUCAGAUCAGCCGACCGGUGAUGUGUUACUUGACGAAGCGUUAAAACAUAUUAAAGAAACAGAUCCACCAGAAACUGUGCAAAGUUGGAUAGAAUAUUUGAGUGGCGAAACAUGGAAUCCCUUGAAAUUGCGGUAUCAAUUGAAAAACGUGCGCGAACGUUUGGCAAAAAAUUUAGUGGAAAAGGGCGUUCUGACAACAGAGAAACAAAAUUUUCUGCUUUUCGAUAUGACGACACAUCCGCUUAGCGACAAUGUCGUCAAAUGCCGUUUAGUGAAAAAGAUACAAGACGCCGUACUUUCCAAAUGGAUCAAUGAUCCACAACGCAUGGAUAGACGUAUUUUGGCCUUAAUAUUUUUGGCGCAUGCUAGUGACGUAAUCGAGAAUGCAUUUGCGCCGCUAAAUGACGAUGACUAUGAAUUGGCCAUGAAGCGUGUACGUGAAUUGUUGGACUUAGAUUUUGAGGCGGAGGCGGCCAAACCGAAUGCAAACGAAAUACUUUGGGCAGUGUUUAUGGCUUUCAGUAAAUAAGAUCCUGUUAAUUAUUAUGGGAUUGAAUGAUGAGCAAUCGCGCUAUCUGCCAAUGCCACUUUUAUAUAUAUACAUGCAUACAUACACAAUAUACAUAGUUUACAAAAAUCUAGUAGACAAAAGCAAAAACCAACAAAUGGAUUUUUCUAACAUAUGAGAAUAAUUACUAUCAUAAAUUUAUAUUAUAAAUAUGAUGUAUUUAAUUUUUUCUUGCGAAAUGCCACUACACACAUAUACUUUUCCAUUAUUUACAAUUGUUGUGAAAGAUAAAAAAUUUAAAUAAUAAUAAUAAAAAUAUACAGCUAUACAUAGACACAUAAAGAAAAAAAUAACAAUUUUGAAAUAAUGGAAAAAUAAAAAAUUAGAGAGGUAAUAUUGCAUAAUAAAUAGUAUUUAAAAAAAAAGAGUAAAUAAUAUUAGCAUUGGUAAUAAAGGACACAUAUAUUCGACAAAAAAACAAAACGAAACAAAAUCAGACGAUAAAUGCAAGCGAAAUAAAAUCAUAGAUAACAACACAAAACAAUAGACAUUUUAUAUAGAUAAUAUUACAUAUAUAACACAAAAAGAGUUUGAGUUUCACAAAGACAUCACUAAAGUCGAACGAUUUGGAGAGCCAAGCUCAAAAUCAUGUGCUUUUUUGUUUUGUAAAAAAAUCCUUAAUAAAUUUGUUCCAAAGUUGCAGACGUAAUAUUUGAUAUAGAAGACACGAUUUUGAGGAACUAAACGUCUGUGGAUUUUAUCUCAAUGUCUCUGUGUAGUAAGCCACAAAAAUGUUAAGAAUAGUUAUUGCAAUGUGAAUAUAAGAAAAUAUUUAAAAAUACGAAAACAAUUGAGUAUAUUAUGUAACAAACGAAUAACGACAACUGCAAUGUAUUAGUAAGACAAGCACUGAAUAAUAAUUUGCUGUUUAUUAAAACUUCAAUUGAAA